AUGGCAUCGAUAACAGAACAGUACAAUGAGAUUAUUGGCAUAUAUUCUACAAAAUUAGAACACUCUUCCUUGAGACAGGAUUCACGGGAAUAUCAAAAUUUACUAAUCUCCACAAUUGAAAAAUUGUUAAAUUUAAGAACAGCAGUUUUUGAUAGAUUGGCAUUAUUUAGUAACAAUGAAACCAUUGAAGAUGUUUCCACAACUUCUAUUAAAUUUCUGGCAAUUGACUAUUAUUUGGGACUGUUGAUAUCAAGGCGACAGUCCAAUGAUUCAAAUGUUGCUCAAAGACAGUCCGUAAAACUGAUUUACUUGAACAAAAGCAUUGAAUCUUCAAUCAAUUUCUUCACAAUUUUGCAGGACUAUAAGCUUUUAGAUCCUUUGAUCAGGGCAAAAUUGGAGAACUUCAAGGACCAUUAUAAGCCGCAGCUAAACGACCUGUAUAUGCAGCCUAAGAAUGAUAAAGAUUUAUCUGGAGCGCAGUUGAAGAGGAAAGAAAAGAUUGAGUUAUUCCAGCGCAAUAAAGAGAUUAGUGCAAAGGUGUACCACUUGGAAUCACAACUAAAAGAUGAUGAUGAAGACCACGAUCAUGAUGAGUUAUUAAGAGAGCUAUAUUUGGCGAGGCUAAACCAAUUCAGUCUCGAAACAUUCAAUAACAUUGAACAAAAUUUAUUUGAACGCGAAAUGCUAUGUAAUUUCCUCAAGAAUGCCCCUCACGAAGCUCAAUCAUCAGGUACGCAGAUACAGAAUGAAUCAAGUACUGAUGAUCCCACUGGUUUCACUGACAAAUUGGAGAACAUUAAGAAGCCUUUGAUGGACAAGAAAGGUCAAGUCUUGAGAAACUUCACUCUUGUCGACAAGAGACAACAGUUACAACAAAAAGUACGAGGAUACGGGCAAUAUGGACCGACAAUGUCGGUGGAGGAAUUUUUGGAUAAAGAGCUUGACGAUGGCAGAAUUCUUCAAGGUGGCAAAGAACCAGAGGAGAUACCGGAUGAAGAAAACAUGGACUGGCAAGAUAAAGAGACCAAUAAAGCUCGUGAAUGGGAUGAGUUCAAGGAGAGUCAUGCUAAAGGUAGCGGAAAUACUAUGAAUAGAGGAUAG